CGCGGCAUUCUGGUCUCGAAGUCGGACUGUAUCGCGGCAACUCAGCAAACUUCAGCGCGGGAAACCAACCACCGAACAAAAUGGCGUGGCUGUAUGCUUACAAGAUGGCGGUGCUCGCGUUGAGCUUAUCUCAAGUGCUGGCUGCACCCACUCCUCAGCAUGCAGGUGUCGAUGGCAGACUGGAUGGAAAGUCGGACGUACCGGUGGAGCAGUUAGAAAAACUCAAAUUGGCGGAAUCCAAGGAAGGGAGCGACUUGAAAAGCGAGCACGUCGAGUAUCACAGACUGGAUUCAGUGAAAGAAAACGGUGAACUCGUUUCCCGCCUCGAAGAGCACGCGUCAGCAGACGCGGUUGGCGACGAGAAGCCUCGCGUCCACGCUUCUUCACAGCUGGACGUGCCUUCUGAGGGCAUCCAUCGGGUGCUGGUCCAAGAUGGCGCACAUGUUAGCGUGCAGGACGGGGUUGCGGUCACCACUGCGCCUAGUGAGGAGAUAACUACCAAGGUGUUCCACGGAGCCGCCCGCCUCGUGCAACCGGGUUCAGCUACCACCAACCCUCAGAACGGACAUACGGCAGCUAGACGAGCCUUCAACGCGGACAUCACUAAGGAGAUUAAGAACAACAUGGAUCAUUACUCAGCGUAUGCUGGUGUCCAGUACUCUCCACUGGACAUGGCAGAAUACGUCUUCUGGACCGGAGACGAGAAGGGAGUCACCACUGCGAUUGAGGAGUUCCUUCAGGAGGGAUUGAUGUCCAAAGAAGAAGCGAUCGCAUUUCUGCAAGAAAUAAAGUUCAAUAUCGACUAUCUUCGGGCACAUUACUCCCAGAAUCUGAAGGCGGCUGAAGAAAGCGCUCAGCAGGAGAAGCUUCGAGCCAUGCUGAUGGAGCAGGCUAGUGCUAAGGAGUAUCAAUACCGCAACCCGGUGGCCCUCCAGUCGUUCCCGUUCGGGAACAGCCCCGACAUCAUCAGGUCCAUCGCCAGCAAGAACUGGGAGCUCAGCAACAACCUGUCUCCCAUCCCAGUGCUGCCAGUCACAUCGGACUUGAGGCCUGAGGCCGUGAAGCGAUACGACCCGAUGCUGCAGACUAACAUUAUCAGCACAUCAGAUUACGACCGAGACGGCCCGAUCAUCAGCGAGGAGGAGUACGAGGAGAUGAUGGACAAGCUGAAGGCGGCCGACACUCUCUACACCGAGUACACUCUGGAGGAAAUCAUCUACCAGCUCGCUAAGAUGAUGUUCUCCCAAUCCCUAUCGCACGACCCCGCUAGCGCGCGCGCCGCCACACAGCGGUUCAUGGCCUUCCUAGAGCUCGAGGCAGAGAGGGGACAACUCUCGCGCACCAUUGAGAAGAAAGUUCUCGAUGUGAUGAUUGCCGCUUUAACCGACACGAUUGGCGAUCACCCAGAACUGCUGCAGGCCCGCGAAGGUCUCGGAGUUAAUUCAGCUAACAGGCUAAUGCGGCAAUUCCUGGAGGCUUCAGCAUCAGAGCCGAGCAUGUCCCGCGCCAUCUUAGCUGCUUACAAGGACGAGCUGCUCAAGGGCCCGCCCCUCCACAAAUUCGCUUUCCCCGAGAGGAACUAAACGGCAACGCCUGCAAUCGUCUUUGGCUCCAGACAAACAUAGCCGCUCAAAUAUAGCCGUUUGAAUUUUACGUUGCCGGUUGAACAGGUUUUUUUUUGCAAAUAUCAAUCAAUCGUUACUGGUUAUUAUUUAUAUGUAUUUAUCUACCACUUUAAACAUCUUCGGAACAUCAAACUUGAUCGUAGCUGCACUCUUUUUAAUUGAUAUCGAAACAAAAAACUCAGAAUUAAGGAAGAUUAAAAACCAUGUUUUAAAUAUUGUAAAUUCCAGUUAAUUUAUUAGUAGGUCGUUACCUAAUAAAUAAAACAUAA